AUGCCCACCAACGGAAUAAAUCGGGCUCUGAAACUGCAGUUUGGUCUAAUCAACUAUGAGAGCCGCUACCUGACGGCUGAGGCUUUCGGCUUCAAGGUGAACGCCUCAGGCGUCAGCAUGAAGAAGAAGCAGAUCUGGACCUUAGAGCAGGACGAGCAAGACGGCCAAGUCGUGUUCCUCCGCAGCCACCUAGGACGCUAUCUCGCCUCUGACAAAGAUGGAAAGAUCACAUGUGGGGCAGAGAAGCCUGACCCGGACAGCCGUUUCCUUAUCGUGCCUCAGUCUGAUGGUCGCUGGGCACUGCAAUCAGAGCCUUACCUGCGUUACUUUGGAGGCUCGGCUGACUACCUGUCCUGCUUUGCCCAAGUCAUCGGGGAACAAGAGCUCUGGUCCGUCCAUUUGGCUUUACACCCGCAGGCCAGUCUGCUCAGUGUGGCACGUAAGCGCUAUGCCCAUCUAUCUGCGUCAGAUGGAGAGAUCUCAGUGGAUAGCAACAUUCCCUGGGGAGUGGACUCUCUAGUCACCUUGGUAUACCUUGAUGGCAAGUACAGCCUGAAGACCUGCGACAGCCGUUUCCUUAGCAAUUGUGGCAAACUGGUGAAGGAGAACACCAAUACUACUAGCUUCACACUGGAGCUGAAAUCUGGCAAGCUGGCCUUUAAGGACUGUGAUGGAAAAUAUCUGACCCCAGUGGGUCCCACAGGGACGCUAAAAUCUGGCCGAUGCUCCAAGCCUGGAAAGGAUGAGCUGUUUGAUCUCGAGGAGAGUCAUCCACAAGUAGUUUUUCAAGCCGCCAAUAAAAGAUUUGUCUCGGUCAAGCAAGGAGUGAGUAUUUCAGCCAAUCAGGACGUGGAGACAGACAUGGAGACCUUCCAGAUGGAGAUUGAUAAGGAGAGCAAAAGGUCUAUGUUCAGGACCAAUGGUGGAUCCUACUGGACUCUAGUGACUCACGGAGAGAUCCAAUCCACUGCCACAGAAGUCGAGGUCAACACGAUGUUUGACAUUGAGUGGCGAGGGCAGAGGGUGGCACUUAAAGCAAGUAAUGGAAAGUAUGUUUGUACAAAGAAGAAUGGCCAGCUCUCAGCAGUCAGCGAUACAGUGGGUGAUGAUGAAUUAUUCCUGAUGAAACUCAUCAACCGCCCCAUGCUGAUCCUUCGUGGAGAGAAUGGCUUUGUGUGUCACCACAAGAACUCCAACACUCUGAACGCAAAUCGAUCUGUCUAUGACAUUUUCUCAUUGAUCUUCAAUGAUGGCGCCUACAAUAUUAAAAGUGUGAAUGGAAAGUUCUGGUACGUCUCAAGCAGUGGCCUAGUGUGCACAGAUGGAGAAAAGCCGGAGGACUUUUUCCUUGAGUUCCUUGAGCAUGGACGCGUCGCCAUCAAAAGCUCUGAUGGCAAGUACCUUCGUGGAGACCAGGGAGGUACGCUUAUGGGUGACGGUCCAACUGUUGAUGUAUCUUCUCUGUGGGAGUAUUGA